AUGCCCGCCAUGUCCAAGAUCGCCGUCUGUGGCGGCGCCCUCAUGGCCGCCAGCGCCUUCGUCACCCCGGCGGGCCCCAGUCGGCUGACGAGUGGCGUCCAGCUGAACAACUGCACGAGGACCGCGAGGAUGCAGAGCAGCCUGCGCGGAACGAACGUGGAGCAGGGAAAGGCCAAGUCAGGCACCUCCCUGAGCGGUGCCUUGGCCAGCAUGGCUGGCUUGGCCGCAGUGGCUGCAGUGGCCAAUCGCCCAGCCAGGAGAUCGGUGCCUGCGAUCCUUUGCUCUUCUGGGAUCCCAUUGGUGGGAUCCGAAGUGGAGCGGGAUGGAGCUGGACUGGACUAG